AGUAAUACCUCCUCCCCCCCUCUCCCCUGAAAUAUUUAUUUAUCUGCACUGCAUACCUUAUGUGCUUCCAACUGCAGCACACACAAGUACAGAGGGGUCCUCCCCGGAGAAGCUCAUGAUACCUCCUCUUGCUUAUGCUUAGAUAAAAGGCUCAUGAUGCCUAGCCUCCAGACUUCGUCUUCUCCGAGGAUCGCACAGGCGCAGCUAUAGAGGACAGGCUCUGGCGCUGGCAUGCAUCGGCACCAAGGAUAAGAUCUACAGCAUGGCCAUGGCUGGUCCAGCUUGCAGAUUUCUCUCGUGUUUUUUGUGUUUUGUAGCAUGUCUUCUCGUUAUGGAGUCUGCUUUGUCUGCCCAUUCAUGGUGCACCCCACAUCCGAACCCGAAGGGAGAAGUGGAGUUUAAGCAGAAGACAGAUAAGUUCUGGGAGUACCAGGAGCAGAGCAAUACCUGGGUGGAAAUAAGCAUGCCUUUCAAUCUCAUGUCCUGCAUCAACGGCACCUGCACAAAGGUAGGCUCGAUCAAGCAACCAGAAAGCAAACAUGGCCGUGCUUCCGUCUCGAGUCAAGAGAAGGAUACUGAUCCCGUCCUGACCAUAAGGAAAAGAAUCUCCUUGGCAAGGAUGUCAGAGUCGUCCGUGUGGGUGACAGGCCAAAGUGGAUCAAUCUAUGAGAGGUUCUGGAACGGGGUCAUGUGGGUGAUUGCUCCUCAUGAGCUUCCAACAGCGGCUGGGUAUGCAACAGCAACUUUCAUCGUCAACACAACCAUCCUUGCUCUGUCCGAGGCUGGAAUCCUCUACCAGCUACAGCUAAAUGAACAUGCCCAGCCUAUCUGGACUGAGAUGACAUUCAGCUAUGAACAACAUUUCACAAACCUUGGAGAGAAGACACAAAGUCAAGCUACACACAUAAAAAAUGGGGUCGUAUCACAUAAUGGAAGGAAACUUUUCCUUUCUAUCACGAAUGGGUCCCUAAUUGAGGUCACAGAACUUCAGCCUCUAAGGUGGAAUUGCCAUGGGCGUCCCCCAGGAGCAGAUGUAUCAUAUAUAUCUGAUGCUGAAAAUGCAAGACCAGGGACCGUGUUCACAGUAAGUUCUACUGGAGACCUAUAUGAAUUUGAUAAGGAAACGAAGCCAUCAUGGAAAAAGCAUAUAUGGAGUGAACAAACAACCAAAAAUGUCUCGCUGAGCUCAUCUGUUGGGUGUGCUUUGCAUGGUCUCUUAGGCUCUAAUUCAGUAUCACUCUUUCUGAUAACCAAGGAUGGUCUUUUAGUGGAGCGGCGCUUGCAUAGAAGAAAGUGGAAGUGGGAUAAACAUGGAGCACCUAAGGGUCAAAGACUAAGUUCAAUUACAGAAGUUCAACAGGAUGAAUCUAAUGAUGCGACUUCAAUGUUUUUUACAACAACCACAGGAAAAGUAUUUGAGUAUCAGUUUACAAAAUAUACAGCAAUUCUUAAGUUCCAAGAAGAAACUAAGUUGACAUUGUUUAUCUUCUCCAUUGGACAAGGUGGGGCUUCAAGCAAUAAGAUUAGAGGACUAUGGGUAAAUCACAUGUCUCCUGACCAUGCAAAAGUAGCAGCAAGUGUUCGAGGUCUACAGAUUCAAGUUGGCAGAUUGAUAUUCCAGCUAGAUGAUGGUAGGCUUGGAGAGCUACAUUUACCUGGCAUGGGAGGUGAUCAUUUUGGUCCAAGUCAACAAAAUAGCAUAAGAAGGAAACUGCCAAACAAGUAUGAGUGGUCUAUCCUAGAUACACCAGAAACAGAAGGUUGGAAUGCAGAAUAUUGCACUGAAGAGCAUGGCCCUACAAACUGUAUUACUGGAGCGAUGAAUGUAGCUGCAGAUACGGAACCAACCAACCUGAGCAAUGCCCCACCUAGAAGGCGUAAAGCAGAAGAGAAGCAACACUACCUUCAUGGUCAUAGUCAUGAGAGUGAUGAAACUGAAUCAUACAACAUUCUAUCACGAAGCAUUUAUCUUAACUUCCAUAUGCGGGUGAUGCAUGCAGAUAGAUCACUUUUCCUCAUAACAGAUAACGGAUUAACUUUGGAAUAUCUAAACAGCAAUGGUGUUUGGCUAUGGCUAAGACAUGAACACAUUACAGGCAUGAAGGGUACACUAGGAAGCUAUAAUGGCAGCUUGUAUCUUGUUGAUCUUCAUGGGAACUUACAUAUUAGAGAAAGAAAUGGUGACGAACUCUUAUGGAUUAAUUGCACAGCAAUGAGGAAGGGAAGACAGGUUGCAAGUGGGCCUCCAUGGGAUGGCAUCCCUGGGUUAUCACGCAGAGUGACAACAGAUGAUGCACUUUUCUUUGUUAACAAGAGAGGCAGAUUGCUACAAUUCACGGUGGCAUUGCGUAAAUUCAAGUGGAAGGACUGCCACAGCCCUCCGGAUACCAAGGUUGCAUUCAUCGUGGAUCAGGAGGUGUUUAGAAGAAAUAUCAUCUUCGUGGUCGGCCGGAACGGUCGGAUGUACCAGUAUAACAGAAUUACAGAGCUAUGGCACAGGCACUACCAAUCACCUCACCUCGUCCUGUCAAGAUCCCCUGGGACAGCGAUGAGGCCGUCCCCUCUCUCCCUCACCGGCUCCAUCUUCAUGAUUUCCGAGCAUGGGGGCCUCGUGGAGUACCAUUUCAGCCCGCAGGACGGGUGGGAGUGGGUAGAGCACGGGACGCCCCACCGGGACGUCACCCUCGUGGUCGCCCCAGGGCCGUGCUUCGACGGCACCCAGUUGUUCGUCAUCGGGUCCGACGGACACGUCUACCUGCGGCACCUGGACGAGCGAACGUGGAGGUGGACGAGCCACGGGCACCCGUCGGAACCAUCCAGCACGACGACGGACGUCGCCGGCGGCGGCGAGCAGAGCUGCGCCACGCUGGGCGCCGCGGACGCGCACUACGCGAGCAGCUUCAGGGGGAGCUGCGACGAAAAGGUGGCGGCUGUGCGGCCGGUGCCGUUCUCCAAGGACGCGGUGGUCUUCGAACUGCGCGACGGCCGGUUGGCGGAGCUGCGGCGUGCGGCGGAGGGUCGAGGCGGGUGGGAGUGGGCGCGGAUCAUCGGCACGCCCGCCAGCGCCUGCAUGACAAGCUACUGGACGGCCGUCGCCACGUAGCCGGCGCCGCCGGUGGGAAGGAAGCGGGCGGAAGCGCGGAGCUGGAACUCUAUUUGAACGGCAUACGCGCAAGAUACGAGUUGAAUGCUCACUAGUUUACCAGUACCUGAUUAGUCGUGGCUAACGCAGGACAAGCUAGCUAUGUACACCUUGUUAAAAAAAACAGAGGCUACCUAUGUAGGGGCUGUUCGGACUCUCUCAACUCCACGCUGGAGCGGAGCAGGAUCUAGUUUUAGUUUGUGGAGUGGCUGAAAGGGCGCUCCGCUUCGUAGCGAUUUGCCGAACAGGGCCUGAAUUUUUACUCCUCGCGUCCAGGAUUCCGUCCUGGGUACAAAACACACUAGUUUGUGAUCAAGUUUUCUCAUGCAUCUCUAGCGGAUCCUGUAAACCGGGCCAUCCGACCAAGUAACCGUUGAUUUACGGGAUGGAGGCUACUUUGCCGGCCAGAACAGAUCCAAUAUAUAUGUCCAAAUUUGUUUUUGAGGGUUCCUUCAAA